AGCUGUGAAGAACCUGAACAUCAUGAGCUUAUUCCCGCUUCCUCUGAGGGAUACAUCCCACAUACUGACGUCAGCUGGAUGGGAAAGCUUUUCUCCCCACUCCAGCGUCCAGCUGGCGCAUUCACUUAUCUGCUCCACACCAGGAAUUUGAGGUACGGACCGGUCAUCGCGGCCCAUGGGUCAGCCCUGAGACUCACCUCCUGCCGUGAUGUCUCCCUCCAGGCCUACUGCUCCUCUCCUCCACCUGCUGCUCUGUGCGCUAAUGGCCGACCGGCGUUCGGCUUACAUCACGCAUGGCAACUUCAUCUACUUCUCCAGGAGCCAGGACUCUCAGCCGUGCAGCACGUCUUCGAUUUCCGACUGCAGGUGCAAGAACUUCCAGCUGUCCAGCGCCCACAGGCCCCUGUCUCACUCCACUCCCACUUUCCAGGGGAAACAUUUGACCGUGUGGUUCUCGUCUCCCGCCACCGUGAUGCGUCUGCUGAACAACUCGGAGGUGAGGCACCUCACGCUCAUCCACUGCGGACCUCCCGGGGAGCCCCGGGGGGCGGCCUCCUUCUCGCAGGAGGGUUACUUUGCGGUGCAGCGCUUGGAGAGGCUGACGGUGGUGAACGUGCCCGAGAGGCCAUUUCACCCCUGCACCGACGCCAACUGUGCCAAGAGAACAAACGCUAACCAAGACAGAGACAACAGCUUUGCCUUUGACUCAAACCAGUCCAACAAGGACAGAGACACCAACAUGGACCUCGUUGCUGAGGCGAUGAGACGCUCUUUGAGAGCGUCCUCGCCUCAGAUCCAGGACAUCUUCCUGGGCCGGGAGCGUGGAGCGGCACAUCACGAACAGGCCCGACUGGGAAUCAUCCACAGCUCUGUGCUGGACUGGGGAGCAGAGAUCAAAACGUACACGGUGCUGACACACAUAGACAGUGACGGGACGCUGCCUUUCCCUAACCUUCACCUGGCAAAAUUACCAGAGGCGUCCGUCAUCUAUGUCAGCUUUGUGUACUGACAAAAGACUUACUAUGACCCACCGAUAACAUAACACAGGCCUCUAUUUGGACAGGUCUAUUUUAGACAGGUCCAAAUAAAAGGGAAAUAAAAAUUUCCCUUUUACAAAACAUUGUUCUCCUUCUUGUUUUUAAAGUUGAUUAGAUUGUUUUAAUUGACAGUCCAACCCUUCCUGUUUCUCUGGAAAAAGAGUUAUAACCUUCGUUUUGUAAAUCUUAUGAUUAGAGUACUCCAAUACAGGGAGGUGUCUUUGGGACAUCAAGUCUCCAUAUUAACCAACAGAUAAUAUUUAUUUGCAGUUUAUUAAGGAAAAAAAAACAACCCAUAAGGAAUCUUGUUCUGUCUCCUUACCACAAUUGAUGUUUUUGAAUGUAGCUAAAAGUUGCAGGAACAUUAACUUGAUCUGUGUGUGUGUGGCAUUUCAGUGACAAACGACCCACAUGCUUUUGGUGUGAAAUCAAGCAUUAAGAUGCGGAAAGGCACCUGAUGCUCAUUGUUGAGUACGGUGGAGAAUCUGUAAUGCUUUAGUCAUGGUCUCUUCCAAAGAGAACACGACAUCGCAAACUCUUACAAAUACCAAGACAUGUAAAGAAAAAAAAAAAGAAAAAAAUCCCCUCUUAAUUGUGAAUUACAAACCAGAUCGAGUUUCUUUUAUGGCCACCUGACUACCCAAAGAAAACAGGCUGGGUGAGCUGAAGAGAAUUGGCAUGGGAUGAACUCAGACCUGGAUAAAAAUUUAAUCAAACUCAAACAGAGAUAACAAUUUUUUCUUGAGUGAGAUUCUUCAACUGCAGCCAAAGAUAAACACGUUUUAAAGGUUGCUACUCAUUUGUACAGUUGGGUCACAUUGUAACAAUGGCUGUGUUUCUUCUCGCUUUGCUGUGAAAACCUUAAACGUUUCACAGACCACUAAAGCAAAAUGCAAACAAUGAAAAGCACUCAGCGCUCAGCACACCAGAACACCAUGUGUCCUCUGCUGUUUAUACUGAUCUGAUCUUUCAACACUUGUGUUUGUGAGGUUUCAGUAUAAAGUGCUGCACAGAUGCAGCUUCCUGUUUAUUUGGGCCCCUUGACAAUAGCUGGCAGCGUCAUGGUUUCUACACUUGAUCAAUGUCUAGGUUUAGCACCCUUUACAGAGAAACAAAAGGAGAAGUCCAAACCAAAGAGGACAGUCAGGAGAUUUUAUUGCAACAUAAACAUCUCCCAGUUCAUCUUUUAUGUUUUAACCCUGACCCCUGCUUCCUCCUUUCUCAUCGGAGGUUGAAGGUGGAGUGAGUCAAAUGUACUUCAGAGCCUGAGCCACAAGGUGGCAGCAGAUAUGUUUGAGUAAAUUACAGCGACGACGAAGAACAGAGGACAGAGAGGAAAUGUUUUUCUUUUCUUCCUUACAGUUAAUAUAAACCUGAAAUUUAACUGCUGUCGAUGAUAAAGCGUCCUGUAUAUUUAUUUGUUGUGUUGCUAUGGAAGCAUAUUAACAAUCCAUCAUCAGAGUCUAUUUAAUUUCAUAAGAAAAAAAUAAGUGAUCUAUAUAACAUUAUUAAUUUGCUGUCCAAAUUACAUUUUUUUUUCCAACUUCACAAACCAAUGUUGCUUUAUAAAUGUUAAAAUGGAUCAAUUUCAAUGCAAUAUUGUGGACAGUUAUGCAAGUUAUGUCAGAAAUAAUUGCUUUGCAUCACCAGUAUAGAAAUGUCACAUUUAUAUGCGUCUCCAUUCGGAAACAUCUGCGUAAUUUAUUUAUAGCUGCAUGUCCAAAAAUUCAAAUAUUGUCAAAAAAAGGAUAUUAAUCUCAAUAAUUCAGUUAAAUUCAAACGAUAUUUUUCUAAUAGUUUUCUUCUUUCAAAACUGACUCUAUUUUCCAGCUAAUUUACACACCAUUGAUAUAACAGUAUAAGUUAGAAUAUUAUGUAAGCCACUUCUGACUUCACGUUUUUACAGAUCACAAGUGAAACAUGUGAGAUUUUCUCCCCCCUGGCUGUAAACGUUUUUAAAAAAAAAAAAAAAAAAAAAAAGCUGGCAGGACGACAGGAGGCGUUGGACAGUAGCCUACUGAUGUGAAAAUCUGUUGGAAGUCUAAAACAUACUUUUUUUUCUCUAUUUUCAUAACAAUAAAGGUAGAGAAUCUCAGUGUUACUAUCCUGUUGGUAGCUGAGGAUGCUUUGAAUUAAAAUGAUUACGCCUUACUUCUCGUUCAUGUUUUUAAAUCUCGCUGCUGGAUGGUCACACAAACCAAACAACACCGCUGUACAUAAAUCUCUACACAAGCCAGCUGAUGUGAUGCUGUGACUGCACCUCACUUUCUGAGUCAAGGGUGUAGCGGAGGUGGGUUGGCUUCAAAGUCACCCACCACACCGACUCAUCCACAAAGGAAAUUGGAGAUGAUAAGAAGUGACUAGAACUGCUCUGCAAUUAUAAAAUGAGCAGUCUUUAUAUGCUCAUAUUUACAGUAUGACACUGUGUGCAUUAAAAAAACAACAACAACCCUGUCUUAAUUGAGCUGAUAAAAUUGUAUAGUGCUCACAGCGCAAGAUGCAUUUUUAAAGAAGCGUCUAAUUCAGCUAAAAUAUCGCUAGUAAUUGUGUUCACUAAUUCAAUCAUUAGUCGUAGUGAUUAACGAUUUGCAGUUAAUAAAAACUCAAAAACAUAGUGCCUCAGAAAGUUUCAGUUUGAUAUAACAAAUUAUGAUACUCAACCGCACUUCUUCCUUCCACCUAACUUUUCGCCAAUAUGCUUAGAUAAAGGACCAAAUGGCCAUCAGGUUCAGCAGCGACCUUUUCUGGCUUACUUUCAAGCCACCCCAUCGUGGUGUAGGCCACGAAAUAACACUUUUAUAUUUGAUGGGUUUUUCUUAAAAUUAAUUAUUGUUUUCUUAAUUUUCUGUAAGACUGUAUUUUAGGUUUUCAUAAAUUAUACGCCAUAGUGGUCAAAAAUAAAACCGUUUGAUGUGGAUUAAAUCCAUAGAAAGAGAAAUGAUUAUUUUUGUAUUAGAUUAUUGAAAUAAAGAAACUUUCCGAUUAUAUGCCAAGUCUUUGCGAUGCCUCCCGCGUGUAGACGGGUUUUUUGAGAGGAUGUUUGUGUUUCUAUGACACGCAGCUGCAUUAAUCUGCAGACCCUCAGCUAUCUAUUUGUGAUUUGAUAAUGACCGGCGGUCCAGUUUAAAGACGCCACAGCCGCAGAGUGAGUGAGUGCUCUGCUGACACCUGCUAUAGAAAGAGCUGCUUAUUUGCAUGAUAAACGUGCAGCCCGUCUUGUGAAUGCAAACUGAUGCCGCCUGUUGAUCCCGCACCUGAGAGGUCAACAGCCCGCUCCCCGACACGCAGCGGGGGCAAUUACCGGAGAAAUCACCGGCGGAAACCCCCAACUGCUGCUGCUGCGUUUAAAAGGUUGCUCUAAACAACCAGUCAAAGCAAAUCAAUUACACAUCCAGAGCGGUUCUCCCUCAUGAGGGACCACCCUGAAUGCCCACUGUAAAUAUUCUUGCUGGUCCCCUAAAGGUGGACCAGGCCCAGACUGAGCUGCUCUCCUCUUCAGCCGCCGCCGUCGUCUCCUCACCGGCACUUUCGCAGUAAAACAUUUUUACAAUCAGACGUUAUUGUUCGCCGCCUCCUUGUGGGAGAUGCGCCCAUGUUCAUUUUUUAAAAGGGCAAAUCAGCCAUAAUUCAGUUUAUAAACUGCUGCGCGCAGGGGAGAAAUGCCUGGAUGAAUAUUCAUUAGAGGCCGCCCGAACUGCCACGCUCCGUGAUUCAUUAGGCAUAUGUAAAUAUCACUCACUUUAAUUGGCCCUAAACUGACUCAACAUAAUGUUGUCAUUAGCAAAUUAUUACUUAUUUGUGAUACUAAUGGUGCGGUAUGGCGCCCAGAGCCCGGAGAUCCACAUACUAUGUGAUUGUAAUUAUAGGACUCUUUUUAUUCACAUGGCGACUGCGGGAUCUGAUGGAUCUGCAGCAUUACACACACACACACACACACACACACACACACACACACACACACACACACACACACACACACACACACACACACACACACACACACACACACCUCUACGUCAUAAAUUUGGUUUAUUUCAAUAUUUACAGCAUAGCCCAUCAUAUGAUUCCAAAAAGGCACUCUCCCUCAUUUCAUUUGGCAUUGAUUUUAAUUGCUGUUUGAAUAAAACCAAACAAAGUUCACAAUUUCCCACAUCUGUACUGAUUUAUAUCUAAAGCAUCAUGUGGAGGAACUAUGAAAUCAUCGCCAUGGACAGAAACUGUGGAAACUACAUUAUCCCGACGCAAUAUAAAUACAUAGAAUUUAUAUAGGCUAUUUACUUUUUCAGCAGAUUUCAUUUGGUAUUUCUGAGCUUAUAUCGUUGACAGCUAAAAGACACUUGAAUAAAUGUUUUAAUUUCCAACCAUUUUAAAAUGUAGGCUACAUUUAAAUAGUUAAAGUUAUUCUACUCAAAAAGAAAGUAAAAGAAUAGAUUUGCGGAAAAGACGUAAAAUCUUAUUGAAAUACUAAUUUAAAAAAUAAUUCUUACAAGGUCCAAACUUUUUUCACCGAUGAAAUGGGUGGAUUAAAUGUGCCAUUAAAUUGCUAACCAUCAGGCUAACUCAGUGGUUCCCAAAGUGUGGGACGGGGAUUUUAUUGUAAUCCAUGGGGGAGUCCAGAAGAAAAUCUUUGGGAACCACUGGGCUAACUGGAGGUUACCGGGCUAACUGGAGGUUACUGGGCUAACUGGAGGUUACUGGGCUAACUGGAGGUUAC